AUGGAGCCGCCAUUGAAUAUAAACACGCUGUUCCAGGUCGUCGGGCAGGCGCAUAGACUGGGCCAGCAGCACCUGCAAAAAGCCUGGAUCUUGUUCCAGGAGCACUCAAUCUCAAGAUGGAUUGAGUGCAACAAUGUGAUCAAGGCGCUCCCACAGUUGGCCGCCCAGCUUCAUGACUUGCUGAAACCACUGGUGCUGGCUGCCCGAACUGCUACACGCCCAGCAGAUACGGGGGAUACAAAUGAGUCUACAGAAGAGUCGGACGCCAACGAUGCGGAGGCCCAGGUCAUCCAGCAGCAUGCAGAGGACUGUCUGCGCCGCAUGCUGGGCCAGCGCGCCAGUCGGCUGGGGGUAAGCGAUCUCGAUGACCUCGGCCUCCUGCAGAGGGACGUUGACCGAACGAAGGCGCGCAUGACUCGGAAAGGUAGACCGUUGCGCAAGCGCCAGCAAGAGGCAUCGCCAAGUGAGGGGCCCGCCCGCCGGAAGCGGGCAAAGAAGCCCACUACUGCAGAGAAAUCGACUCCGGUCGAAUAUCCUGGCACGACUAGGAGCUUGUUGCUAAUCUAUGAACGGUACCUGGGAUGGCUCUGCACGGUGCUGCAAGCCGGUGGUCUUUUGGCCAUCACGAACGCCGGUCCCCCUUUAAAAAACAUCCCGGUUGAACCCAUCGAUGUCGACGAGCCUGAUAACGAUGAUGACGAAGAACCUGAGCCCGCCCCUGUCAGACGCACUCCCCGCAAGAAACCGAUGGUUGUUGUCUCCCCGUCGAUUGCUCCUAGCCCCGCCGCCCUCUUCCAUCAAAGAAGAUCCUUGAGCUGCACAGGAUACUAA